AUGUCGAAUUCUAUUUAUCUAGAAUCUUUUAAUAGUUACAAUGACCACAAAGAUACUUUUACCUUAAAAGUUUCAGUUGAAUCGUUCAUAAUUUAUUGUAUUUACAAAUACUGUUCUCCAAAAGAUACGGAGUUAUAUUUCACGCAAGUGAACGAUAGUUCAGGACGCGCGCACCUUAAUCUACUAGUUCGAGAGGUUAAAUUUAUAGACCAGGAGAAUGUUCCUUGGCAGGUUUCCUCCUGUGUAUUUCCUGUAGCACUUUGUGAUGAUACUGUUAUAACCGGAUUAUGUGCGGUCGCUCGUUCUAUUUGUAAGCACGGGCACUCGAUUCAAGGUACUUUUGAGCACUUUAAUGGUUUGUUAGGAUUUUGUAAGGGCUGUCUCCAAGCACCAAAUGAAGUCUCCGUAUGGACGAAAUUCUGUGAAGUUGAUAUUAUUAAAACGGUAUUAUCGUUACUGGGACUCUCAACUAUAAGUGAAAUCCCUGUAAAUUUGGUAAGAUUUGAAAAUCAUUUGGAUAAACCAGUAAGGAUACAUAAUAUUUAUAAAGUAGCUAGAAACAUAAAGAAGCAAAAUUUAGAUGUGAACCUAACUAAUGCAAAUGUGAAGCCUCAAAUAAAACCGGAAAACAGUUUAAGAAAGCCAAAAAAUAGAAAAUGGAAGUCAAAUACUACAAAAGAUCUAGAAAUUUUAUGUUCAACAAAACUAGAAGAAUUGUCUAUUAGUCACCAGUUUGCAGAAGGUCCCUUCUUGACUUUGGCAGAUUUACUAUUGUUACCAUGCUAUUACUUAUUUACACAACUUCUUGGGGAAACUAAUUUAAAGGAAUUAUUACCAUUAUCAUACAAAUGGUAUGUUAAUCUUAUAAAUAUGCAAGAAAUGAAAAUUAUAACAGACAUUUUUAACAUAAUUGUCGAAACCAGAGAUCUAAAGAGUUUAAAAUUACCAGAAGUAGAUGAUGUUAGUUUAUAUAAAUCAGAUCCUAAAAGGCAUAAUCCUAAAAAGAGGUUGUUUACAAAGCCUGAAGACAUUGAAAAUGCUUUAAAAAGUAUAAGUGAUGAUUUAGAAUUAAAGAUAUCUGUAAACAAUAUGAAAGGUGGAAUAAAUUGGGAUAUUAUUCCUGAAGGCGCCAACCCUUUUGCUGGGCAUUUGCCUGAUGAUAGGGUGAACAGAAAAGCACAGCAACUAGAGAAUUUAGCUUUGGCUGUAACUGCUAUGGCUAAAGAUGGUGAUGUAGUGGUGGACUUCUGCAGUGGAAGUGGGCAUUUAGGUAAAUUUGAUGUUGGAGUAGCACUUCACGCUUGCGGUAUAGCCAGUGAUUUAGUUCUAGAUAAAUGUUUAAAGGCAAACGCUAAGUUUGUUUUAUGCCCAUGUUGUUAUGGCUCCUUGCAUGCCACUAACAGAUUAAGUUAUCCUCGAAGUAAAAAGUUUAAUAGCAUUCCUAUUGAUCAGUACCUGUGCAUCUAUCACACAGCAGAUCAAACACACAAAGAACAUCCACUAAGCGAAAGAGGUGAUAGAUGUAUGGCCAUAAUAGAUUCUGAUCGUGGAAGAUUGGCAGAGGAGCAAGGUUACACAGUCACACUGGCGAGAUUAAAACCACUCUCAUGCACACCGAAAAACAAUCUUUUAAUUGGUGUGCCAGCAGAUUCAAAAUUAAAUGAAGUGCCUUAA